AUGAUAAGUAUUGGAUCCCUGGGAACAAAUUUCGGUGAUGUCUCUCCAAGUACUUUAUCUCCAGAACUCUCACCAAGUAAUUCUUGCGAUGAAGGCGAAGGAGGCAGUAACUUAGCGGGACGUCUACGGCGAAGGCGCAGCUCUGUGGAUAUUCCAAUGACAGUGUACCCAGGCGACCUUCUAGGACACAGAGUUCCUCCCCAUAAUAAAAAGCUUACAAAACGAAAUACUGUGGCAGAUUUUGCUACAAGGCAAGAUUUGCCCACCAUCUACUCUGAGUCAGUUACUGAUUCUAAAAAAAGUCGACAAACAUUUUCUCUUCUCCGAUUGAUGAAGACACGGAGCAAAGAGAAUCUCACACAGCUAGAAGAAGUGCUAAUGAAAUUAAAACCGUCCGAGUUUAGAGAUAACACAUUAAUAGGAUACAAGAAUCUUCAUUGGUCUGAUCUGAUCGCGUCUCCAGACACAGAUGCAGAUCCAUUACGGCUAUCGUGCAAGGAGCUGAAACGCAGAGAAGCAGUAUGGGAACUUUUCAAGAGUGAAGUUAUAUUCUUAGUCGAUCAUCUUAUGGUUUUAAAACACUGCUUCAUGGAACCCUUGAAAAAGUGCCAGGUCGAAGGUCAUCUGAUGUUUGCAGAGCCUCGUUAUCUAUUCGGAAACUUGGAUGAAAUUUGUUAUGUGAGCUACACAUUCUGUAAAGAUUUCCUCUCGGCCUUACUCAAGAGUAUGAGCUCAACACAAUUUGGCAGCACGUCAGUUUUCAUCAAAGCCUUCCAGAGGUUUUCUUGUCACUCCAAGGAUGGUGAUGUUUAUCAUGUCUAUUGCCUCAAUUACAUGAAUGCUAUGAACUAUCUAGAGCAGCUUCGGAAACACGAAGAAUUCUGUGAAUUUGAAAAGUGGUGUGAACAAGACGCUCGCUGUAACAGACUACAGGUACCUGAUCUGCUAGUCGCUCCCAUUCAGCACUGUACCAAACUACCUCUCAUGCUCAGCAAUGUUCGCGCCUACACAGAAGAAGAAGAAGAACGGCAACAAAUCACAGAUUCCAUAGAGAAGGUGGAAAGUUCGCUUUAUGAACUCGAAGACAAAAUGAAAUGGCUGAAAAACUAUGAACGAGUCAGGGAGAUCCAUCAACAGCUAAUAUGGCCAACCAUUCAAGAGAUUGAUCCCCGUGUGUAUAUCCCGGAUCGGCAAGCUGGUAUUGAAUCUGUACAGCGUCAGAAUAUAGUUCAGACAUUAGACCGUGGUACCUUCACUGUUUACCGCCAACCAAUUGCCUUAGACCGUUUGAUAAUGCACGAAUUGACUCCAUCAGAAUCAAUGUCGUGCGGUUUAAAAAACACGUUUAUGUUGCUGCAUAUCAGUCGAUUUCAACAGGUGAUUGGAGUUUAUACUCUCCAGGCUUGCAAUGAAACUUCCAAGAGCCAAUGGCUGACAUCAUUGAAAGAUGCCAAAGAAAAGUACGCAGAUAAACACGGGCAAAACCCAGAAAACAGUGACAGAACCAGUACAGAAGCAACGUCACUACGGUCUGAACCGUCUUCGGAGAAAUUUCCUGAUUGGACAUCGCUGAAAUGCAAUCAUCCCAAGUCGAAAUCAAUGGACGUUGUGCAUUUCUGACAAUUACCACCCGCUGUUCAGCGAAAUCAAGGGAAGCCGAACAGCAUUUUCUACCAAAAGCAAUUCCCUGAUCCAAUCGAAGAAGGAAAAAACACACCCGAAGAAAUGGAUGUUAUCUCUAAGUUUGAUAAUAUUGACGGAACGGAUUCUGAAACCAAAAACGUUGCAAUAGACGAAAGUGAACAAAAAAUUAGUAUUGAUAAAGAGGAAUCCCGUGAAAUAUGAACGGCCAUUAUCGUUAUUAUCACCAUAUUAAUAAUAUAAAUAAUAUGGAUAAUAUUAA